UGGCCCGGCCCGUUCCGACCCCGCCGCCGCCAUCAGCGCCAUGGCGGGGCUCUGCGCGCUCGCGGCCCUGCUCUGCCUCCUCCUGCUGCCGCCGUCCGUUGCCCCCGAGGAGGAGGACGGGGUCCUCGUGCUGCGCGCGGACAGCUUCGAGCAGGCGCUGGCGGAGCACCGGUACCUGCUCGUCGAGUUCUACGCGCCGUGGUGCGGGCACUGCAAAGCGCUGGCGCCCGAGUACGCGAAGGCGGCGGCGAAGCUGAAGGCGGAGGGCUCGGAGAUCCGGCUGGCCAAGGUGGACGCCACGGAGGAGGCGGAGCUGGCGCAGCAGUUCGGCGUGCGCGGGUACCCCACCAUCAAGUUCUUCAGGAACGGCGACAAGGCCGCUCCCAAGGAGUACACGGCUGGCCGGGAGGCCGAGGACAUCGUGAGUUGGCUGAAGAAACGCACGGGCCCGGCUGCGGCCGCACUGAGCGACGCCGCCGCAGCUGAGGCGCUGGUGGAGUCCAGUGACGUGGUUGUGAUCGGCUUCUUCAAGGAUUCGGCAUCAGAGGCUGCAAAGGAGUUCUUGCUGGCAGCUGAGGCUGUGGAUGACAUUCCUUUUGGGAUUUCCUCCAGUGCUGAUGUCUUCACCAAGUAUGAGCUUAGCAAGGAUGGUGUGGUCCUCUUCAAGAAGUUUGAUGAAGGCCGCAACAACUUUGAAGGGGAUCUCACAAAAGAUAAUUUACUGAACUUCAUCAAGUCCAAUUCGUUGCCUCUGGUCAUAGAGUUCACUGAACAGACUGCUCCUAAAAUCUUUGGAGGGGAGAUCAAGACUCACAUCCUGCUGUUCCUGCCAAAAAGCGUGUCUGACUAUCAAGAGAAGCUCGACAACUUCAAGAGUGCAGCUGGGAACUUCAAAGGGAAGAUCCUCUUCAUCUUCAUAGACAGUGACCACAGCGACAACCAGAGGAUUUUGGAGUUCUUUGGCCUGAAGAAGGAAGAGUGUCCAGCUGUGCGCCUGAUCACCCUGGAGGAGGAGAUGACCAAAUACAAGCCGGACUCGGAUGACCUCACAGCUGACAAGAUCAGAGAGUUCUGCAAUAAGUUCCUGGAGGGCAAAAUCAAGCCCCACCUGAUGAGUCAGGAUCUUCCUGAUGACUGGGACAAGCAGCCUGUCAAAGUUCUAGUUGGGAAGAACUUUGAAGAAGUUGCUUUUGAUGAGAAUAAGAAUGUCUUUGUGGAGUUCUAUGCCCCCUGGUGUGGUCACUGUAAGCAGCUGGCUCCGAUCUGGGACAAGCUGGGAGAGACCUACAGGGAUCAUGAGAACAUUGUCAUUGCCAAGAUGGAUUCAACAGCCAAUGAAGUGGAGGCAGUGAAAAUCCACAGCUUCCCCACACUCAAGUUCUUCCCUGCAGGCUCUGGCAGAAAUGUAAUUGACUACAAUGGGGAGAGGACGCUGGAAGGCUUCAAGAAAUUCUUGGAGAGUGGAGGUCAGGACGGGGCAGCAGCUGAUGAUGAUCUGGAGGACCUGGAGACAGAUGAAGAAACAGACCUUGAAGAAGGUGAUGAUGAAGAGCAGAAAAUGCAGAAGGAUGAAUUGUAAACAGAAGACUGAUCGACAUCACCCAAAAUAUCAGACACUAAAUUGGCUGCUGUUAUGCAGCCCAGCGAGUCAGAACCAUUGAGAUUUAAAGCAGAAGGUGAAUGACUGAAAAUCCAGGGAUUGGCUUUUAAAGUAACACUUUCCCCUCACUUGUCUGUACACUCGACUCUUUUCUGUUUGGCUUUUGAGAAGGGAUCUGUCACCAGGGAGCCGGCCCCGCUGCGCUCCUCCUUAGUGGGAUGUACUCUUUUGUACACAGCUUUUGCUUGAAGUAUUCUGUUCUUGUGGGUAGAAGCCGAUUGUGAAGCCGCAGCACGAGCCCUGGCUCAGCCUCCUGGAGCUUUGCCACUGACACCUCCCAAGAAAGAUUUUUAUUUUUUUUUUCCCUUUGUUUCUUUUAAAACUGCAGCCUGCAGCUGAUUCCUGCACCUGGCAGGGUCCUUAAUGCUCUCAGCAGCUCUUCCCUGGAAUUGGCCUUCAGUGUAGGUAGGCAGCCUGGUGAGAGGUGUAUAUGCAGGUGCUUCUCUUCAUGCUGGCCAGAUGUUUCCUUUCCCUUCUGCUUUAAGACACUUGGAGAUGACUAUUCUGAUCACCCAGAAGGGUGGAGUACUGUGCACUGGCUGUGGCAGGCUCUGGGGUGGAGGUGAGCGCUCGCCAGUGCAGGCGAGACCUGGCUCUGUUGCCAUCCUUUGAUCAAAUGCAAGACUUUGCAAUCAUUUUCCAUGCAUUAUUUGGAGGGGGUCGACAGGGGGGUGGUGUGGGAGGGUCUGAUGAGCUGGAUCAAACAGGACACUUGCAAUUAUUGGGGUUUGGGGAGGAGCUUGAAUGGGGGAGUGCCUCAGAGGCCUGAGCUGCAUCAGGCUGGUUCUUAGCAUUCUGCUACAGUAACAUUGGAACUCGAUUUGUUGGCCAAAUAAAGUUGAGAUUUUAAUACUA